GUUUUAAAAAUACGUUGUACGUAAUUUACUAGACCUACAUCAAUAACAUAACACCUUUUUAUAAACAGUGUCAAAUAAAUAAACUGCAAAAAUGUCCGAUCUUAGUCACCUUGAAUUACGAGAGGCAAACAAAAAUUUGCUGGAUCGUUUACGAAAAUCACAACAAGACAUUUGUAGUCUUAUCAUAGCUGCAAAACAUUCUAACCUGGAUGCUUUAUCGUCUGCCCCUCUUACUUCAACAGUAAAUUUUAAUAAUUGGGAUAACGAUGCAUUGCGACAAUCUGGAAAAUUAAUUUCAGAAGCAAAACACCGCAUGGCAAAAUCACCCGGUGCAAAAUUCCAAAAUAAAGGCAAAAGAAAUGUCGACUUACCGUCUCCUGUAAAAUCUCCCAAAUAUGAUGAAAAUUUACAAGGAAAAUACCCUAUCAUUUCAAGUUUUUUAAACAGUCAAAUUGAGAAAAAGAAAAAUUUAGUUUUCUCAGAAACCCCCACAAAUAAUCCAUUGCUGACAAAUUCCGGAAACAAUCGUCCUUAUAGAGCCACUGAUUCAAUGAAAAAGCCAAAAUCGAUUCUUCUCAAUGCUCCUCAUCAUGAUGAGGAAGAAAACCAGCAUCCUCGUGUCACUUUUAAGUCCUCCACCUCAAAGGUUGAUUCUUUUUGCUCCCCAGCAGGUUUGGAGGAAAGAUCCUCUCCUCCUCUUCUUGGUUACGAUUGGAUCGCUGGAGUCGUAGAAAACGAGAAUCCGGAACUCGAUUUCUCAGAUUCAUACUUGGAUGAAAUAAACGAGUUCAGAAAAUUUAAUCGCUCGUCAUGCCAUAGCAGGAAACAAUGGAAUGAAAUGGUCAAAACACCGAAAUCUUCAAUCACAAAUUUGCCAAAAUUUACUGGAGAAAAGAUGUCAGAAAAGAGUCCGGAUCCAAGUGAUACUCGGGAUCCUCGGAUCGUUAAUUUCACUAUCAACAAACGAUUAUUCCCUGUUCCUGUUGAUCCUAGUGAUUCUAUGGAGCCUGGGACUUCACAGUCACCCAGGUACAUAAGAGUCAGCAUUCCAAAAUCCGCUUUAAUGUCACCGCAACGUCUAAAGCUAAUACACAGAAGCAAAUUCACAAGCGGAGCUGACUCUCUUGCUCUUCCCGAUCACUGUAUGAUGGGAUGCCAGACAAAAGCUCCUCCGAAACGAGAUCCCGCAUCCGAAUCUUACUCCACCCUUGAUCUCCGCUCUUCCAUGCGACCGGAGGAAAAUCUGACAGGUCUUCAGAUCAAAUCUGGCCAAGUUCCAGUUCCACAGAAAAAAACUCAAAGAAAAUCCAACAGUUUCCUGGACGAGUCCUAUUCUAUACAGUAUAAACUGUUAAAAAUGAGGAAUCAAAUAAGGACAUAAUGGAAUACUAAUACAUUUGUUAUAAAUAGCUCAUUAUAACACUUUUUAAACUGUUAUAUUAUUUUAUAUGAUGCAUUUGUAACUCAUACUUUUAGAUUAGCCUACCAGUGGUUUGCUGCUAUACUGAUGGCAAUUGGUUAAAUUUUGUAAAAGUACGAAAGCUUCUUUUAUUAAGUUUAUAACUGUUUUAAUUUCUGUUUAGAUUGUAUUACUGUUUUAACACACUAUUUUUUCUCCCGGUAGUGCAACUUUUUAGCACUGUUUUGUUUUAUGUGUUUCCCCCCCCCAAUUUAGGUAUAUAAAUUAUAUAGAGGCUGAGCUUUUACGUCAUUGCUUAUUUAUUUUUUUUGCACAAAAUAUAAUUUAGUUCAUUAGAAACUAGUUUUAAGAGUAUAAUAUAUAUACUGAUGUUUUAUAG